AUGCGGUCCGGUGACACCCUGGGCUUUCAGAUAUUUACCGUGCACUCCUCAAUACCUACUUUCCCCACGAAAAAGACCGUUUCUAAAGGUCAGGACCAUGUCGCGAACCGGGAUUCGACAGAACGCGCGAAUCACCGGCUCGAGUCGCUGAUAAGAGACCAGCCCGGGCGUUCUAAAAUGCAAAAAACCCAGGGCUUGAAACAAUUAUCGUUCGUGGACUUGGCCGGGACUGCGCAGGGCAGUCUGUAA